CCAUUCUCAAGUUUCUUUCUGUGUACGGGAAUAAUUUAGGUUAUGGUGAGAAAUGUGACAUACACGGUAGAGUAAGUUGCUAACGGACAAGGCGCAAUGUGACUGCCGAAAUGAAUGGAGCAAGAUCGAUGUGCACGUUUAAGUUGCGCGAUUGUUUUCGACGUAUUGUCACGAGGAAGAGAGAAUAUUUCAGGCGGAGCGAUCGUCCACUCGGUUGUCUUUUAUAGCUCACAAUUUUAGCGCUUUGUAUCUUGUUCAAUUCGGCGAUAACUUUAUUAGUGUGUUCCUCGCGAUGACGGUCUGUGCUUUCCUAAUUUCCGUGUAGCUAUAAUUAUUCUCUAAUUAUUCAGCAAAUUAGGAUGAUUCGAAAUAUUCUGCCGACCUUCUACAUUUGAAACUCGCUGUUUGAUACAAAAGAUGGUGGAGAAGAUCCCACUGCGGAAGACCAUCGCUCGAUUGGACUUUCCAGCGAUCAUAGCCUUUGGCAAUCCUCUGCUGGAUAUUCUUGUGAUACUGAAGAAUGAUGAGCUGAUUAAGAAGUACAAUCUUAAGAUAGACGGCGAAACAGAGUUGUGCGAGAAGAAGCUGCAAGAGUUAAUUACGGAUUUGCCACCAGAGAUAGAACAAUAUACAAAUCCCGGAGGAUCUGCGCAGAAUACAUUGAGAAUCUUGCAGUGGCUCUGUGACGAGACCCAUGAGUCCCAAAUUAGUAUCUUCUGUGGAGGUCUCGGAAAUGAUCAAAGAGGUUCGAUCUUAGAAAAAUUAGUUCGACUUGCAGGAGUGGACGCAAGAUACGCCGUACAUCCGACUUUGCCUACCGGAUUAUGCGUUUCUCUUGUGUAUGAAACGUCCCGCAGUCUUGUCGCUAAUCUUGGCGCAGCUGGUGUAUAUACGUUGGAUGAUCUUAAAAAGGCCAAUUUGCAAUUAGAUAAUAUUAAAAUAAUUUACAUCGAAGGCUAUUUCGUAACGCACAGUUUAGAUGUGGCUAAAGAACUGGUUAAGCGGGCGCAGGAGAAGAAUAUUAUUGUAGCGUUCAAUCUUAAUUCUUUUUAUAUAUUCCAGGAUCAUCAAGCGGCCAUUUGCGAAAUGGUCGGUCACGCUAAGAUCGUAUUUGGCAACGCGAGGGAAAUGAUCGCGCUAGCUCAGGCAUUGAACGUGAAAUACGACGACGUUGCUGAUAUACCUUUUCUAUUGAAUAGCUUAAAAAGAAUUACGAUGGACGUUUCUAGCGCAAAUAGUAAGGACUGGUUGGCCGACGAUGGUAUAUUCAUCAUGACGCGUGGUGGAUGUGCGCCAGCGAUUAUCGUAUGGGGCAGAGGACAAUCCGUUCAGGUGCAGCCCAUUGUGCCUAAGACACCUAUUGUGGACACAACAGGCGCCGGCGAUGCCCUGGUGGCUGGCUUCCUAGCCGGCGUCUUGGCCCACUGGGAUCCGAAGAGUUGCCUAGAAUUAGGAUGCAAAGUUGCGUCUUGCAUGACAACCAGACUCGGCGUCACGCUGCCAAGCGACAUGCCUCCCGAUUUUCUGCCAUAACGAUUUGAUCUCUCUAGGACGCUAAUGACUCGUUACCUGAUAACGUAAUUGCACACGGUUAUUUAUUGCCUGAAAGUUCUAUUAGCGAAUUAUUGACUGUUAGAAAGAUAACUAGCAUUCCUCGUCGAUGUUACGUCCACAUUCCAUUAAGGGGAUCCUAAAGUCGUCUGUUUUACCGCAAUAAUUUUAUGAUUGAACGUAAUAAUUUUCA